AUGCGAGCGCCAUCACUCCUCUGGGCGGCGGCGGCGGCCCUCUGCGCCUCUCGGACCUCAGCAGCCGCGCUCCCGGGCGCGGGCAAGCCGCCGGCGCCGAAGAAGACGCCGGCCUUCUUCCUGGCGGGGGACUCAACCACGGCGGUGGACGGCGGGUGGGGCGACGGGCUGCUGGCGGCGCUGACGCCGGCGGCGCGGGCGCCCAGCGCCAACGCGGGCAAGAGCGGCGCGACGACGGCGUCGUUCGUCGCCGAGGGCCGCUGGGACGGCGUCCUGGCGCUGGUGCGCGCCCACGCCGCCGAGUUCGAGAGCUACGUGACGAUCAGCGAGGACGAGGGCAGAGCGCGAGAAGAUUCGGCGUGGGCUAACGCGGCGUCGUCGCAGUUCGGGCACAACGACCAGAAGCCCCAGAACAACGUCUCGUUCGAGACGUACCAGGCGAACCUGAUCCGCUUCGCGGAGGAGAUCCGGUCGCUGGGCGGCACGCCGAUCCUCGUCUCCUCGCUGACGCGGCGCGUAUUCCCGGCGGGCUCGGAGCACAACGCGACGGACUCGCUGGCGGCGGAGCGCGGGGCGGCGCUUGCGGCCGCGGCCGCGGUGCGCGGCGCGCUCGCCGUCGACCUCAACGGCGCCAGCCUGCGCUACAUCAACGCCAUCGGCCGCGACGCCGCCUGGGCCUACAACUGGGGCGAAGACGGCAAGGACACCACCCACCUCAACCCGCACGGCACCGUCGUCUUCGGCCGCAUGGUCAUCGACCUCCUGCUGCGCGAGCGGCCGCGUCUCGCGCCCUGGUUCGUGCCCGACCCCGCCAUAAGCGACCGCAUCUGGAACAACCUGCCAGCGUGA